UCUGUGUGCCCAAAAGGUUUUGUUUGUUGCUCGCCUCCGUUGUGUAUUUUUAUUUUAUAAUAAAAUUACCAUCUAAAUAAAGCGAAAAAUACAGCAGUAAAAUGGCUGAUAUACGUGAUAUUUUGGACAUCGAACAGCCAACACAAGAAAUAACUAGGGACAGUAUAAUUCACGGUGAUAAAGUGAAGAAGAAAUAUGCCACUGCUAAAGCAGUGAAGCGGCCAGAGGGAAUGCACCGAGAAGUCUUCGCAUUACUUUACAAUGACAACAAGGAAUUGCCUCCUCUUUUGCCAACCGACACAGGGAAAGCAUACAAAGAAAAGAAGGCUAAGCUUGGUAUGCGAAAAGUUCGGAAAUGGGUCUGGGCUCCAUUCACUAAUCCCGCAAGAAAGGACCAUGCAGUAUUUUAUCAUUGGAAGAGAGCAGCCGAUGAAGCUAAAGAAUACCCAUUUGCACAGUUCAAUAAACAAGUAUCCAUACCAACAUACUCGGAGUCGGAGUACAAUCAGUACCUCAAGUGUGAGGACUGGAGCCAAGCUGAGACGGACCAUCUGAUGGACUUGUGCCAGCGGUUCGACCUUCGCUUCAUAGUGAUCCACGACCGCUGGGACCGGGCUGCCUUCCGAGACCGCAGUGUUGAGGACUUAAAGGAGCGAUACUAUAACAUUAGUGCAAUUUUGAGUAAGUUAAAAACGAACCCGUGGUCGAACACGAUCACGACACCUGGCGGGGAGAAGCGUAUCUACCAGUAUGACGCUGAGCACGAGCGGAAACGGAAGGAGCAGCUGCAGAGACUCUUCGAGAGGACGCAGGAGCAGAUAGAAGAAGAGCAAAUGCUCCUCACCGAGCUGAAAAAGAUUGAGGCGCGCAAACGCGAGCGCGAGCGCAAGACGCAAGACCUGCAGAAGCUGAUAUCCCGCGCUGACAGCGCCCCCACAAGCCAGCUCAACAACGGAGAAGGAGCUCCCAGCACUCCCACCGCCGCCGCCAACCUGGCGAGACGACACGACAAGAAGUUCCAUAAGAAGAAGCUCCCUACGCAACAGCGCCCGGCUAGGGUUGUCGAGAAUGUUACGGUGGAGUGGUCGGGCAUCCGGUUCCCGGAGUCGCGCGGCGCGGGCGUGUGGCUGCGCUCGCAGCGCAUGAAGCUGCCGCCCGGCGUCGGCCAGAGGAAGACCAAGGCCAUCGAGCAGGAGCUACGGCAGCUUAAUAUUGAGCUAGCGCCGACGCCCACGGAGGACAUCUGCAAGCACUUCAACGAGCUCCGUUCGGACCUGGCGCUCAGCAUCGACCUCAAGAACGCGCUCGCCUCCUACGAGUUCGAGCUGCAAGCGUUGAGGCAUCAGUACGAGGCCGUCAACCCGGGCAAGACCCUCGUGAUACCAGCAUCGCUGUGUAGCACCGUGGCAGAGGCUGACACCAAGCCAGUUGGGGAGAUCAUAGAUGUAGUGGGGUCCCCGAGCAUGCCAAACAACUGAUUAGUAUUACUACUGUAUGUACCUGUGUAAGUCUAUGUAAUAAAGCAUUAAUGGAAAAU